AUUAGGGAGGCACCCCAACAGCAAAUGACGCAAGAAGGCUAAAGUGGACAGUCUACUGGUCUCUGCGUGUCUCUCAGGACUAUGGAAACGAUCCCUACAACUUUGCUGUUGUUGAUGACAUGGAGGGUAUUUUUAGAUCUUGUUGUCAUCUUUCCGUAACAGCCCGGCUGCGGCGUUCAGUAUAAAGGACUCUUUCAAAAUGCAGCUGUACAACAGUGCGCUGACACACUACCCGAGGUCGUCUCGCAAAGUUACACUAACUUUAUCGACCGGAUCCGAGCGUUUGAACGGGACGACACCGAGUUCCUCUGAGGAGGCGGAUAAAACAGCAUUUACGCAACCAGACACAACUUCAACGACCAACGGGGAUCCGGUGAGAGAGACUGCUUCUUCUGCAAACAUGCCUGCCUUUUCGUGCUACGAGGCUUCAUCCAUGAGGCCGAUUUACUUCACAUCGACUGCUGAGAUAUUAAUCCGCAGACCUGAUGGAGUGGAGAGGUCUGUGCCUGUCCACAUCAUGAGGGAGUCCAAGACCAAACCGCCCUCCCCCGUCUCCCAUAAUGGUGAAAGUAUCCUCUGUAAUGACUGUGACACUGAUGUGAUUGUGGACUUGAUAGAUCAUUUAAGAAAUGGCUCAGAUGAGCUUUUUCCUGACUGCCCAGAGCUGGUUGGAAAUCACAUGUUCAAAAGUAACAACAUCUCUAGACCCAGAACAGAAGAAAACCAGAGGAUGCUUGGAAAUUCAAGUGAGGAUGAUACAGUUCCCCCCUUCAGAAGCAAUGGAUGGGCCUCAUCACACGAAGAGGAGCUAGUCCCCUCCGGUGUUCCACAGCCUGAAGACCUCAUAAAGGAAGACAUCAAUGAUCGGAGCAGUGCCAAAGCUGCUCCAGGAUCGGACGAGAGACGGGCCUUUGAGCUCAGCGUCCUGCAGGAGUCUCCUCCACAGAGAGAGGGUGUCAACGACAAAGUCACCCGGUACCUGGCUGAAGUGGACAAACAAAACAAAUACCUCCAGGAGAGGCACAAAUACAGGUACCACGUCAUUCCAGACGGCAACUGUCUGUACAGGGCUGUGUGCAAAGCCACGUACGGGGACCAGGCGAGGCACGGGGAGCUGAGGGAGCAGACGGUGCACCACAUCGCCGACCACUUGGACGAGUUCAACCCCAUCAUUGAAGGGGACGUGGGGGAGUUCCUGAUCAACGCGGCUCAGGACGGUGCCUGGGCGGGAUACACCGAGCUCCUCGCCAUGAGCCAGAUGCUCAAUGUCAACAUCCACCUGACAACUGGGGGGAGCCUGGAAAGCCCCACCGUCUCCACCAUGGUGCACUACCUCGGGGAGGAGGAUGCUUCCAAACCCGCGAUCUGGCUGAGUUGGCUCAGCAACGGUCACUACGACGUCCUCCUGGACAAGUGCCUCCCCAACCCAGAGUACGAGGACUGGUGCAGACACUCGCAGAUGCAGAGGAAACGAGACGAGGAACUGGCAAAGUCGAUGGCAGCCUCAUUAUCCAAAAUGUACAUUGAGCAAAAUGGAUCUGCGUGAGAGCGAUAUUGUAUGUGGAGAAUUAAAGGAUGCACACUGAUAUAGUAGAAUGCAGAACCACUGAUUCUGCUUGGUUUCUACAUGCUUGAAUAUUUUUUUUAUAAGAUUUAUAUCAGGAGAGAAAGGAAGUGCAGUGCACAUACUUUUGUUUUUUUGUAUAUGCCAGCAAUGCCAAAUUAGUGGCAGUGGACUCCGAACGAGUUUGAAAGUGUGUGAGAUUGUUCUUUUUGAUAGUCAGGGUUAUGUGGACAUGACUAAAUUACUGUACAGUGCAGUGCUUUUGAGUGCACAGUAUUUAUUUGCCUUUUAUUGUCAGAUCAGUUAUUUUUCUAUAAUGUUUGUGCUUUGUAGGCCACUGCAAAUGACAUUCAUUUUUCAUUGUUUAAUAUCUGUAUCACUACUCUCUUUUGCACAAAAGUCCUAUCAGACAAGUCCAGAGAGUUUGAUUUGUGUCUGUGAGAACAAUUCAAGGGGUUCCUUUUCUAUUAUUCCACUUCUUUUUAGGCUUUGGACAAAAUAUUUCAAAAUAAAGUUUUGAAAAAAA